AUGGUUCUAAUUACUCUAUUACUACCUAUUUAUGUAUUAAUUUUUCCCAUUUCAUUUCAAUUGACAACAGCUACGAUAUUGGAAUGUUUUAAAUACUACCCAAAUUACUACCUUGGUAAGAAUGGAAAUUUGGUUGUUAUAAAUAUUUCCAGUAUUACUUCCUGUUUGGAUCAUUGUUUAAAGUCACAAUUACUUUAUGAAUUUAUUUGUCGAUCAGCUAUGGUAAAUAAAAUACAAAGAGAAUGUAUCUUAAGUAAAUGGAGUCCAAAUUUGACAACAUUUAGCAAAUAUCAUUCGAGAGUUGUAUAUACAGUUUUUUAUCAAAAUAUUUGCUUGCCACCAUUGGAUCAGGUGCAAAAUUUUACAAUUGCACCACCACGCACAACAUUUUCAAUACCAAUCACAGAUAGAAGAUUAAUUAUGGCAAAUUCUAUCAAUGAUAAGAUCAGGAAUCAUAAAUCAAUGGGUGUUGUCCAUGAUAGCACUGUUAAUAUGGAAAAUAAGAAAAAAUUAUCAUUUGAAACGGUACUUCAUGCUGCACAACAUGUUCUACCACCAAAUACUAUCAAUGAAAACACUCAUAGGUUUAUCAAAUCUACCCAAACUACUCUAUCACCAAAUCAGAAAACAACCGCAUAUUAUGUUGAUUACGAUGAAGAACGAAGCAACAAUAAUGGCAGUAACAAGGAUUGCGAUGACAACAAAAAUAAUAAUAACAAAAAAAAUAAUAAUAAUGAUAAUAAUAGUAACAAUAACAACAAUAAACAUGAUGAUAAAAUCAAUAGUGACAGCAAUAAUUACGACAGUAAUAAUGGCGAUGAUGAUGAUGCUGAUGCUACUGAUGAUGAUGACGAUGAUCAUAAUGAUGAUUAUUAUAACAAUAAUAAUAAUGAUGAUGAUGGUGAUGAUGAUGAUAACAUUUAUAAUAACAAUGAAUACGAGGAUAGUGAUAUAAGUACUGAUUUAAUAUCAACGAGUGAUAAGCAACCUAUUUCUGCUAACAAAAAUGUUGCAUAUCGUAUUGCUGCCAGUCUAUUAAAACCGAUAAGGACGAUAAAAAGUGUUGCCAUUAAACCGAAUCCGGCAACUAUCCAUCGUGGUUUUCAACAUACGGAACCAUUAAUUCCUGAAAUUACUUCUUCUACUACUUUACUUCCUCUAAAAACUAUCACACCAUUUAUCAAUAAUGCUAUUACUACUAUUGCUAUUACUACUCCUUAUGCUAGUGAUAAUAUUAUUACUACAAGUAACAGUAUUGAUACUGAUAAUAGUGAUAUUACUGAUACUGCUAUUAUUGCUACUACUACUACUGGUACUACUAUUAUUGCUACAACAACAACAACAACAACAAUAAAAGUUACUGUUACAACAAAAACUAUUACUUCAGCAAUGCAAUUUAUUCCUAUUCCAAUUGAAAUGUUAGUUCGGGAAUGGAAUACGACUACAAAAGAUUCAGAAUUAUCAAUUCAACAUCAAAAUUACACUCUUAAUAUUGGAAUUGUAGAACAGGAAUUGAAUAAUCGACAAAUGAUACGAAAUGGAUUAAUUAAAGAACUCAAAUGCUUUCAUUAUUUUGCUAAUAAACAACUCAAAGGUUAUCGACAGGAAAUAAUCAAACAAAUUGGUUUACAAGAUUGUUUACAUAAUUGUAUUUUACGCAUUUCAUUUUUAUGUUUGAGUGUUAAUUACAAUAAGAAAACAAGGGAAUGCAUUUUAAAUGCUGAUAAUCGAAUUAUCAAUAAUGUUCAAUUAACUUCAUCAAAAUUAACAGAUUAUUAUGAAUAUGUUUGUUUGAAUGCACGAAAACAAGGAUUAAAAGCAAAAAAUACGCAUAUUGGAUAUUACAAUAUUAUCAAACUUCGAAAAUGCUUUUCGAUAUGUGAAAAUGCUGUAAUGUAUACACUAAAUGGUCUUGUUGUCGACAAUAUUUAUACAUCAUUGGAAUGUUUGAUGACAUGUGCUAUAUCACAUCAGGUUUAUAAAACAAAAUGCUACUCUGUAAAUUGGUUUAAAAAUACUCGAACAUGUUACCUGCAUACUACUGAAACUGAUAUUAAUAAUUUAAAAGUCACUACAGCAUCCGAUUUCUUCCUUAACAAUUGUGCUGAUUCUAAUAUAAUAGUGAACGAAAGCAAUGAAUGUGAAGAAGAUUACUGUGAUAAAUAG